GCCCGCCGCCACUUUAAGAGGCUGCUCCACCGCAGCAAGCGGGGCCGGAGUCGCAGACGGAGCGAGCGCACGGAGCAGAGCCGGCGGGUGCUCGGCCGCGGAGACAGCAGCGGCAUGACCGGCCACCACUGUUGGGGCUACGGCCAGGACGACGGCCCUUCAAAUUGGCACAAGCUGUAUCCCAUUGCCCAGGGAGAUCGCCAGUCACCCAUCAAUAUCAUAUCUAGUCAGGCUGUAUACUCACCCAGCCUGCAGCCAUUAGAGCUUUUCUACGAGGCCUGCACAUCCCUGAGCAUCAGCAACAACGGCCACUCUGUCCAGGUGGACUUCAAUGACAGUGAUGACAGAACUGUGGUGACUGGGGGUCCCCUGGAAGGGCCCUAUCGUCUCAAGCAGCUCCACUUCCAUUGGGGCAAGAAGCGUGAUGUAGGCUCGGAGCACACGGUGGAUGGCAAGUCUUUCCCCAGCGAGCUACACCUGGUUCACUGGAAUGCCAAGAAGUACAGCACUUUUGGGGAGGCGGCUGCAGCCCCUGAUGGCCUGGCUGUGGUUGGUGUCUUCCUGGAGACAGGGGAUGAGCACCCGAGCAUGAACCGCCUGACUGAUGCACUCUACAUGGUUCGAUUUAAGGACACCAAGGCCCAGUUUAGCUGCUUCAACCCCAAGUGCCUGCUGCCCACCAGCCGGCAUUACUGGACCUAUCCUGGUUCCCUGACCACACCCCCGCUCAGCGAGAGUGUCACUUGGAUUGUGCUCCGGGAGCCCAUCAGAAUCUCUGAGAGGCAGAUGGAGAAAUUUCGGAGCCUGCAUUUCACCUCAGAGGAUGAUGAGAGGAUCCAUAUGGUGAACAACUUCCGGCCACCACAGCCCCUGAAGGGCCGAGUGGUCAAAGCAUCCUUCCAGGCCUGAACUUCCCAUCUACCCAGCCAGCCACUGGGGCACCAUCUUCCCAAGGGCUUCCAUGUCAGCGGACACCAAACCAUCUGAGGCUCGCUCCCGGGGGUGUGCUACAGGCCCUCCUUCAGCUGGCUUGCUCCUUGGCCACAUUGGAGGGGUUUUGACAGAACCCUUGAGUUGGGGGUACCCUCCUGCUUCCCUGGGGGCUGAAAGAACAGGAACUGAACAGAGUCCACGUUCCUGGGCUGCCUCUGUUCCCGGAGACCCAAAGGCCCCUGAGAAUUUCCUCUUGUCUUCCCUGCUGCUAUGUCAGCAGCCCCAGCUGAAGCUCACACUGUGAUGGCCGAG